UGAUAAAUUAAUGGAUGAAUUAAUACUACAGGAAGAAGAUGGUGAUAAUGUAUUAGCUGAUUUUAAACAAGCAGGUAAUAAUUACAUGACUGCUGAAGGCCUGAUGGAUGAUAUUGUUGCCAUUCUACGAUUUUUUGCUGGAAAAAUCAGUGGAAGUCAAAGUUCUGGAGGCCAGGGUAAACAAGAAAUGCAGAUAUUAGUUGAAGGAAUUCUGUCUAUAUUGUCUCAUUCACCUCUGAGUAUCAGAUAUCAUGAAGGCUUCCAGGAACUUGUCUGGAAGUAUUUAUGUCCAGGAUUAAUUUCUCUGUUGGGAACACCAAAAGCUGAGAAGAGUAUAUUGAUGCAGAAAUCAUUGUCUAUGGAAGAAGGUGUUGGAAUUGCUAGAGGCUCAGCUAGGUCUACGUCUGCUCCAAAUAUAAACAUAUCAACUGCUAAAAUUAUUUAUCUUAUAGCUAAUGAGUUAGUUCGUCUUGUGGGUAAUAUUAGUUCGUUAAGACCAGUAUUAGAAUCACUGUUCCAUCGUACGCUGCUCUAUCCUCCACCCCAACACAGACUGGAUGCACUCAAAGCUAUAAACGAGGUAUUAUCUAGUCCCGAACUCGUCGUAGAUUUAACGGCACCACCGAUACAGGAUAACGGACAGAAAUCUAACAAGAUGCAUCAAGAUGUACCAUUAUUAAAACUUAUUGUAGACUCUCUACAGGAAUCUUGUCAUUGUAACGAUACUGCCGUCUGCUUUACCAGUGUUACAUGUGCUGAUCAGUUACUUGGUACACUUGAACGAUUAAGUAAAGGUGAAGGCCUCACGGAGAAUAUAGCCGAUGAAAUAAAUAAUUGCUAUCUAGAUUUUGAAAAAGAUGUAUUCAGAUCGAGUGAUUUACACAAUCGUUCUGUUAUACUAGAAGAAGAUGGUGGAUCUGUCAGCCAUUCUCGUAAUUCAGAAGAUGAAGAGGAUGAUGACUCAGAUGAUGAAAAUACAAAGGGAUUAGAAUCACCGAAGAUAAAACUGGGGAUGAUUGGUCGACAGAUCAGUGAAGUAGACGAAGAGAUGGAAUUAAAGAUAACCAUACAGAACCAACUACAGACGGCCCAACGUCAAGAGAUGGCACGGCGUCAUAGAUUGUUACGAGAUAAAUUUGAAGCUGUUGAACGACAGAAUGCCAAGUUAUUUUUGUUACAGUUUAAACGUGUUUUACCCCAACUACUGAAUAUGGAUAGUAUUAGUGAUGUUGAUCAGGGUUUAAAACAAUUCGCUUCUAAUUUCUGUUCAGGAAUGUCGUCAGUAGAAUGUGGUAGUGACGAUGUUAAAGACUUGGUAUCUGGUGUUAUAUUAAAUGCUGAUGGUAUUUAUACUGUAUCUAUACUAGCGUUACUCCUGUGUUUAAAACUUAAUAUUAUUGGUUACUAUAGCAACAAAGCUGCCGAACUACCAUUAACUGAGAAAGAGUUUUUAGAUGAAGCAUUAGGUAGUGGUUUAAUUGUGUAUCUAUCACCAGCAUGGUUGAGUGAAGUAUAUGUACAGAUAUUAACUACAAAUAUACUAGAAACAGCUGGUUACAGUAAGAAAGAUGAUGCAGCUCUUAUAAAUAUGUUGAAAGAUAUUGAUGGAUUAGACAGCCAUGAAAUAGGAGGACAGUUAUUAUGUGUAGUUAAAGAAAGAUGUGGUUUUAUGACUUUAACACAGGAAACUACAACAAUGUCUAAUUCUAGAACAGUAGAAGCAGGAAAGAAACUUGCUAAGUUAAUAUUAUAUGUCUGUUAUGAUGAGAUACUGGACGUUCUCUCGGUUUUAUUAAAUGGUAAAAGUUCUUGUGGUACUGGUAAUAGUUUAGCAUUACUCCUCGGUACAGAGGGGGCCAAAGAAGAAACAAUGAGAGCCCGUAAUGCCAUCUGUGUUAGUCUUGAUGGGCUACAUAAAACAGCCAGAUUAUGCUGCACCUUGGGUUUGCAGCAAAGAUGUGGCAGCGUUUUUACUCAGCUAGCAGCAACAUCUUGUGUUAAAGAAGAUAUGAAGCCGGACGGUAAACAACAUAAAACGGGAGUUCUUCCGACUAAACCUAAAAUAGCCCGGUUCCACGCGGCCCAUGUACUGAGUAUGGAUGUUGUUAUGACAACAGGAUUAGAAAUGGGGAGUCAUUCAGCUGAUUGUUGGAAACAUGUAUUCAGAUGUUGUGCCCAUAUAUCAGAAUUAGAACACACAUACUUCAGUGGUGGUAACAACCAAUCAAGUUUACCCAAGGUUCAACAUGGACAGACCACAGAUCUAAAUAUAGAUAUGGCUCCACCAAAUGAAAAUGAACUGUAUGCUUCACCUGUUGUACCAGCUGUACAUGUUGCCCCUCAAAUCAACAUACUUGAACUCAUCCGUCAGUCUAGUAUAGAAUCAGGUUGGGACAAUUCAUUGACUGGAGGAGGGGUGUUAACACAUGCCCAGGCUACUAAAGCGUUAUGUGGAUUGUCACAAGAAGUAGAUAGUUUGUUUGAAGAUGCUGCGAAGAAGUUAAAUUUGGUAGCCUUGUUGAGUUUUCUCACAGAGUUGGGCGAGUCCAGUCGAUUGCAGCUGCGUAAAUUUAAUUAUUCUGACGAGUCUGGUACUGGUGUCGGUCGAUUACCAACCAAUGCACUUCACUUGUAUCGACUACAAGAAGUUCUCAUGAAGGUUGUCAAUGGAUCACGACCCUUGUUACAUCUGAUUAGAGUCUGGAGUGUCAUAUCUCCUUAUUUGGUUGAGGCAACAGGACACCAAGAUCGUAGUAUAAGUAAAAUGGCUGUUACCUGUGUACAUGAGUUUAUUGUUGCUAUGUUGAGUAACCAUGAAGAACUGCCUCACUAUCAUGUUAAUGAGUUUCUGUGUAAGACGUUUGAAGAUAUGUUAUGUUUAGAAUUAUGUGAUGGAGAUGUACAGGAUCAGAUUGUAUGUUCUAUAUGUGAGGAAGUUGAAGCUUGUACAGCACAGAUACAAUCAGGGUGGCGUCCCUUGUUUGGAGCUCUUCGAUCUGUGAAGAUAGAAUAUACAGCUAAUGAGGCUGUGAAUGAAGCGAGACAGAGACAUAUCGCAGCUGUGUUAGAUGUAUUUGAUGUUUAUCUGAGUACAGAUAAUAUAUUGGUGUACGCCAACGCUACAGUAGAUUGUAUUCUAUGUCUUCUCAAAUAUGUACACGGACCAGGUAUGUUUGAAUAUGGAAGUGAUGAUGAGUCUGAUUCAGGAAGUGAAGUUUGUAACACGGCCAUUAACAACGAGAACCUGUGUAUACCAGCAUUAAAAUAUCUGAAACGUUGCUGUGAUAUUCUCACAUCCAUGUGGAAGAUGCCAGCUUGUCCACCAUUUAAAGGGUCUCAGAGAAUUCAGCUUGGUUCUUCUGUUCGCCUCGUUGAUCCCAAUAUUCCAAAUAUGAAUUUUGAAUCCUUUGCCAAACAUUUCAAUCCGAACUCAUCAGAUCUUGAGAUCUCUCCAGACAAGGAUCCUGAUUGGGUAGUUGUACCUACAGACAUUCAACCUGAUGCCAAAAGUAGCCAAUCAAUAGACUCAGGAGUAAUAGACGCUAGCCAAUCAGAAACAUCCCUACAGAAUGCAACUGUUGCCGAGAAUGAAUGGAUAUCUGUUCCGUUAGAUGAAUUAGACAAUCCGUCUGGUAUUCUUCAUGUAUGGUUUUUGUUACUGGAUGGUUUGGCUACAUCAAUAUCGUCAUGUCCGAAAACCUUCCAACCGCAGACAUUAGAAAUGUUAUUUGAGUUGUUGAAAUCUGCAGGCGACACCCCAGGUCCAAGUUUUGCAAUACAUUGUGUGAAUCAUCUUGUUCUUCCAAUGCUGCAGUCAUGGUUACGUCGUGGUUCACGUAUCCAAGGUCACUGGGAGGCCGGUGCUGUUAAUUUUAAACAGUGUUUAGGUCAUACAUCAGAUCUGGUUGUAGAUUAUCUAAAUAAAUUUGUAGGUGAUGCCAAUAAUCAUAAUAUGUUAGAGUUUAUGAUGAAACAGAUGUUAGAUGUGUUAACAGAGUGUGUAGCUCAACCUGUAGAAAAUAUCUCUAGAUUAGGUUGUUCUUGUAUCAGACAUGUUUUAUCGAGUGCCGGACCACUGUUGACCGAACCUAUGUGGCAGAUUAGUGCCGAGACGUUGCAGAGAACUCUAAACGUUACGACCUACAGUGCUAGACAGUUGAUGACUCUGUUUCACGCCAACUCAGAGAAUUUUUACGGGGAUAUCGGCCAGGUGAAAGUUGCUACAAGAAAAGACUGUACUGCCAUAGAAUGCAUUAGAUUAAAACAGCUGGCACAUCAGGUAUUCUUAUUAGAGAGUCAGGUAUCCAGUAUGACACCUGUCAAAUUUAACAUGGAUGAAGAUAAAUCAUUUAUACUUUUACUUUAUCCACCCAAUCAUGAAGAUAGUCUAAAUCCAGAUCAUAUAAUGACCAGAGUGCCGUUCCGUAAUAUAGUAGUUGGUUUAUUAUCACAUCAGCUGUUGUUACAGACAGUGGGUUAUCUUCUCUUAGAUGGUGCUGAGAUUAAAACAGAUCCACUACCAGAUUUUAUACCAGAACACAUAGAAACCAAAUUACCAGGUCUGAUGCCCUACAUGUCAACAAGAAAUGCCUUGACCUUUUUAGAAUGUCUUCAAUCGGCCUAUUCCUUAGCUUGUGAAUUCGACGCUAGACCAGGUCUAAAAUUUCUCGUACAGAAAGUCGCAGGUUUAGAUGUCGCUGCAAAUCUUUACAAACAAGCCGGAGCUAGUAUUGUCUAUUAUGUUCAUUCAUUGGUGGAAAUAUGUGCUCAUUCAAAUAAAUUAUCUCUGGAGACUACGCAAAAUAUCUUGGAGACGUUGACAUUCUCAGAAAGAGACACGGGAAUUAUCUCGGAUUUGCUUCCAGAGUGGAGAAAUUCUAAAUUAGGACUUUUAACCAAUCCUGAUGUGUUUCCAUAUUUACUGCUGAACGCAUGUGAUGAGUUAUGUCAGACGUAUGUGGAUAUUUUAGUAGAUAAAGAAGGAACAGCAAGGUUUGAUCGAAUGGAAGAACAGCCGCUGUUCUUUCUAAUUGCCCAACCUGAUGAUAUGGCUGAAGUGACAGCGAAGAAAACAAAGAGGACGGAUUCUAUGAAAUCUGAUAGAGGUGCGAAGAGUUUUAUAUCUCAGGCGGUAACCGUAGAUACUCAAGAAGAAACAUCUAGUUACCGUGCCAACAGCCAGGAAGGACAAAGUGAAUCUGAAGAAGAAGAAAUAUUGAAUGAGACAGAUCAGGCAAAGAGCAAGCGUGAAAUAAGAGAAGAAAGCGAAAGUAAAGUUUAUACGGUUGCUACGGAUAAAACCAUUAAAUCAUUGAUGGCAAAAUACAAGCAACGUAAACAACAAAAUUCCAUGCCGUCAUUCGUUCGUUUGGUUCAAAGAAUGAAGGAAGUGUCACAUAAGGAAAAGAUUCCGAGACGAGAAGUUGUGGACGAGAAAAUCGAAAAACAACAGCAGACGUCAAUAAUGAAGGAUAGCGAGGCUCACCUUCGAUCCUGGUCAGAGAUGCUGAUCCAGAUUCUACAACUAUUUCUCCAGAUGGAUCAACAUCGUUUUAAAUCUCUGAUUCCUGUAACAUUUAACAGUAAUAACCAGCUAGUCUGUCACUCAGAUGAUCCAAAACUCAAAAAAACCCUAGCUGCUUGGUUCCAUCGGCUCGGUCAUCUGUAUCACCUAGCUCCUACAAAACGAUUAGUCAAAUCAGAGGAAGACAUGCCCACAACUGUUAACCAAUCACAGACAGAGACCGACAGCUCAAUUGAUCAAUUAGAACCAAAGAAUGACAGUGCGACUGAUAUCAGCCAAUGAGAAUAAAGUGUGAAAGUUUGAUAAUUGACCAAUUGAAAUGAUGUAUGAGAGGUUGAUAAUUGACCAAUGAGAUUAUAGCUAGGCCAAACCGUAAUCAAUGGUUAGCCAAUCAAUAAGCUGAGGUAUUCAACAGGGUGUCAUUCAGUUUAGAUUCGAUAAGAUAGGUUAUGAAACUGUAUUGAAUUUAUGAAAUUAUAUUUUAAAGGUGUAAAGAUAUAUUUUUCUUAAACUGUACAGGCUAUAAUAAAAAGGUCUUUUAGAUUUCUCUUAGAUUUUCUAAAAGUAGACCAAAAGUCUUUUAGAUUUUCUAAAAGUAGACCAAAAGUCUUUUAGAUUUUCUAAAAAUAGACCAAAAGUCUUUUAGAUUUUCUAAAAGUAGACCGAAAGUCUUUUAGAUUUUCUAAAAGUACACCAAAAGUCUUUUAGAAUAUCUAAAAGUAGACCAAAAGUCUUUUAGAUUUUCUUAGACCACAUUUAGUUUUGUUUUAUUUCAAGCGAUGAAAUAAAUAUAUUUUAAAUUCUUUUAGAUUGUGUAAAUCAUUAGCUAAUUAACAUUAGGUUACAGUUUUGUUUCAUUUAUUUUGUUAGAUUGUUAUACUACAUUGUACACUACAAAACAAGGUAUUUUAAAUUGACUAAAAUUAAAUCACAAUUUCUUAUUCUUUCAUAUCAAGCAAUUAUAAAAUAUGAUCUCUUUUAGCUAAAAGACAUUUUGUUUUAUUCCAAGUUAUAAAAAAUAUAUGAUGUAAGUUCUUUUAGAUGGUCUAAAAUCAGACCACAAUUUUGUUUUGUUUCAUUUUAAGCGAUAAAAUCAUAUUUGUUAUUUAUUUUUAGACGUGCAUGGCGACACAGUUUCAAUUUGAAAUAUGCUAGAAUUUCUUAAAAUGUUAUGCAAGAGAAAUUCUAUAAUUUAUUUUUAAGUUAGUGAAUUUAUUUUGACAAUGUGAAAUAAUAAUUAUUUAUCUACGCAAUAUGUAUGGACAAAUUUUGUUUGGGUAUUUUUUCUUGGGCAUUAUCAUGAACAAUGAUGAAAUGUUAACCCUUUUAGCACUUGGAUGGACCCCACAAAACUACUGAAGUUGCAUCAAUAGCUGUGACACUCGCAAGAACUAGUAUUACAAGCCUACAACACAGUUUAAUGGUUUAACAAUCUGAUUAAAAUACAGAUCUAUAUUUCGUUUUGUGUUUUAUACUUUCGAUAGCCUUCACUACUUGAAGAUCUGACCACCUGUACCGGGAGGUCAUACAAGUGGCUUUUGACCCAAUGACAUCAGACAUUUGAUUAACCAAUUAGCAUUGAUGUGUAUAGUGGAUUACCCACAGUUCGAUGCACCACACGCCAAAAGCUCGCCAAACAGACCAUUUUAUUGGCUAGUCCCUCACAUCAUCCAGAACACGUCAAUGAUAACAACUCUUCCAGAUCCGAGUGUAGUAAAGACAAGUAAAACGAAAUUUUGAACUACAAAAAAUGAAACGAAAUAGGAUCUGUGUUUUAAUCAAAUUGGUCGUUUAAUGGCUUGCAGUGGAAAUCAUAAGGUCUAACAUUGAAUCCAGUGAAAAUAAUUCUAUUAAUAAUUAAACUGAAAUUAAAUAGAAUAUUUUGUUACAGUUAUGUUGUGUAAACUGGGAAAUGGUCACGGGCAAGUAGUAAGAAAGAAUGAUGUUUUUUGUUUGGUUGUGGGCAGUUUAAAGCCUUGCACAAUUUGUUUUUAGCUGUCUGCCAAGGAAGAAGUGGUUUCUUUUAUUAAUAUAUACUCCUAUUUGAAAUAAUUUAUUGAAUUAAUAAUUCCAGUUAAAAGUUAUAAGUAUUAUUUUAUGUGCAAUAUUAUUAUUUGUUAAUUGUUGAAAUAUUUAUAUACCAUUCCUGAAGAGUCCCCUAGUAUUACUGGUUAUUUAUUUUUAUGUUUUUUUGUACUUCUUUUAUUGUCAUGUGAUAAUUAUCAUGUGAUUUCUAUAUAUGGUCAUGAUAAUGAUAUAAAAUACCCUUACUCUCCUAUGAUUUUAUGAACUUUUUGUUAGGCAAGGGAAUGUACUACCUUGUACAUUCAAAGAUCUGUACUGUACAUUCAGAGGUCUGUACUCUGUUCAUUUAAAGAGUAUUUCUCUAACUCACCAAGUAAUGCAUUCCAUAUUUCAUUUUCAUUAACUCUGAUUUUCAUUUUUAUUUUAUUUUUUUUUAUCAGAGCUUGUUUUUUCCCAACCAUGACACUGUCUAUUUGUUGAUGAAAUAUUUUCACCAAUAAAACUGGACUGGACUUUUUCUAGUUACAGUUAUACCAACAGUUUGUUUCAAUGUUUUGUUUUUUGAUUGUUUACACUUCUUCAUCUAGACCAACAAGGUACAUAAUCGAAAGAUCCCAUAAUUAUAUAUUGUAUACUUAGAUUAUGUAAAUAUUGAUUGAAUAAAUAUUGUUAGAAAUAAAAAUCUAUCAACACAGAAAAUUCCGCAAAAUCAAUAAUGCUUUAUCCAGACCGCCUGAAAAUACAUUGAUGUCAUUUUGUGACAAUCAUGUCUAUGCAAAAUAGAGGACACUUUCUAAAAAUAAAGUUAUGCUUGGAAGUUCAGUUAUUAAUAUUUUCUUUACCAUUCUUCAUUUCCUUCAUUUCCUUCACUAGACUAGUUUGUUCUAGGACACAAAAUAAUUAGAAUGGUCUGGGUUAGGACACGAAAUUAUUAAGGUUGGUCUGAGCUAGGUCUAGAAAUUAAUUAGCCUGGUUUGGACUAGGACUAGAACUUAAUUGUCCCCCGCCUUUCGAAGAAAGCAGGGGACUAUUAAAAUGGGUUCGUCCGUCUGUCUGUCCGUCCGUCUGUCCGUCCGUCUGUCUGUCCGUCACACUUUUUGGGACACAAUAACUCUCUUCCUAAUUGAGCUAGAAUGUUCAAACUUGGUGUAUGUGUUUAUUAGGUCAAUGCCUUGAUGGAGUUCGAAGAUGAGCAUUUUCCGCUUAGGGUAAGCAGAGAUAAGCAAUUUGAUUGGUUGAUGCUUUGGGACAUGAUAACUCUCUUCCUAAUUGGGCUAGAAUGUUCAAACUUGGUGUAUGUGUUGAUUAGGUCAAUGCCUUGAUGGAGUUCGAAGAUGAGCAUUUUCCGCUUAGGGUAAGCAGAGAUAAGCAAUUUGAUUGGUUGAUGCUUUGGGACACGAUAACUUUUAAUUGAGCUAGAAUGUUCAAACUUGGUGUAUGUGUUUAUUAGGUCAAUGCCUUGAUGGAGUUCGAAGAUGAGCAUUUUCCGCUUAGGGUAAGCAGAGAUAAGCAAUUUGAUUGGUUGAUACUUUGGGGCACGAUAACUCUCUUCCUAAUUGAGCUAGAAUGUUCAAACUUGGUGUAUGUGUUGAUUAGGUCAAUGCCUUGAUGGAGUUCGAAGAUGAGCAUUUUCCGCUUAGGGUAAGCAGAGAUAAGCAAUUUGAUUGGUUGAUGCUUUGGGACACGAUAACUUUAGUUCUAAUUAAGUGAGAUUGAUGAAACUUGGUGUAUAGAUUUAUUAUAUGAAUACCUUAACUAAGUUCGAUAAUGAACAUUUUUUGCUGAGGGUAAGCAGAGUGAUAAGCAAUUUGAUUGGUAGAAACUUUGGAACACAAUAACUCUCCUUCUAAUUGAGGUAGAAUGUUCAAACUUGGCAUAGGUGUCUAUUAGGUGAAUGUUUAAACUUGAUGUAUAUGUAGAUGUUCAUUAGGUGAAUGUCUUGACUGAGUUCAAUAAUUAACAUUUCGAGCUGAAGCUAAGCAGAGCUAAUCGAUUUCAUUUGUCGAUGGUUUGGGACAAGAUAAUCUUGAUUCUAUCUGAUAGAGAGUGAUGAAACUUAGUGAAAAAAAUAAAUGUGCGAUUAAUUAAUAUGUGUCAUCUAUUUAUUUUGCAAUUUCGGCGGGGGACAUCAGCCUCACUGUUGG